CCGCGGCCGGCGGAGUGGGGCGCGACAAAACCAUAGAGACGUGAUAGAAACUAAACAAAACAAUUUACCACAUUUUAUGCAACAACAACAACAUUCACCCCACCACAUCAGCGCUAACCUUAAUCAGCCUUCUAGCGUUGAUAACAAAGCCUUUCUUUCGAUUUUAAUCAAUCCGUUUUAUCAGCACACACGCACGUUAUCAGCGUUUUCAAAAUUUUACUACCAAAAUUUAUUUACCUACAUCCAAUUUAUAUUGCUUAUACCACAAACCAUUUACUAAACAAGUUAUAUCGCUUUGUUUUUAUGCGUAAUUAAUAAUACAAACGCAAAUUACCAUGAUUGCACUAGUACAUGUGACUCUAGGAUGUAGUUUUGUUAAGUUUUCGCACGUACAUUCUGUAUGCAAUAAGUUGACUAACCAAACCUGCAAGCAACGUAGACUUGGCUAAUCUCCGGUAACCAAGCAUUUGUAAUAAUCAUGUUUGUUAUUGUUAUUGGUCACCUCUCGAGCAUGAACGUUGUAAACAAUUAGUAUGAUUGCGAUAUUAAUUUUAUUUCUACGAUAAAAUAGUGAAUUGAAAUCAUUCGCAUAAUUCCAGUCAAUCACACAAACGUGUUAUCUUCAAUUGUUUAAUGUUUGCCGGUUGAUAACGCUAUGAAAAUACCUAUGUUAGCGUAGAUUUUUUGUGUGAAUUUGGCGGAUAAGCUUGAUCGUAUUGUGAUGGAUCACAGUGACACCAGUUCAGAAAUGGAGGCCCCAUUUGAGGAUGACUACAGGCAUCGAAGACUUUCAAUGCAUAGAACUGCCAACAUCAGAUCAUUAAGAGCUGGUGCUACUAGUCCUGAUGACAGGGAGCACACAUCAUAUUCAAAUAUGGAAGAAACAGCCAAUGAUCAUGUCAAUCAGAUUGUCGAUAAAAUUGUGGAGGAAGAAGCAUGUCUUCUGGGAGAGAGUGCUAUGACUGGCAUGGAGUAUAGACAGGAUGCCCUGAAAAACAUGCCCCAAAGCCUUACAAUGAAGAAAAUGGUAAAGGAAAGAUUGCAUCUUCGAAUGACACAAUCCAAGAGAGUAUCAGGAUGGAAGCAAAUGAAAUACAACAUGAGUUUGUCAUCAAGAAAGUGUCGAUCAAAGUUUCAAGAUUUUCUCAUGAUUUUUGAGCUUUGGAAUGGAACAAUGAAAAAAUCGAAGGCGAAUUUGGCUCUGCUACAGCAAUUUAUUUUCGUUUCUUUCGGGUUAUUUGGAGACUUCCAUUCUCUUUACGGCUAUUACCAGAACAUUACAAUUCAUGUCGCUAAUAAUUUCUCUUAUUCCAUGCCGCUUGCUUACUUUUACACGAUGAUAUGUGUUUAUGGCCUACUUUUGUUGGUUUUAGCAAUCAGCAUGAUGAGGUCAUAUCGAGUCAAUUUUAUUGAAACAAAAGGUGGAUUGAAGAACAUCUUUGCGCACAAAGUCUUUUGCACAUGGGAUUUUAGCAUUGCAACCGAGAAUGCGUCGAGAUUAAAAUCAUCAGCGAUUUAUCACGAAUUCAAGGAACUUCUUGAAGAGGAACUGCGGUCGCAUGAGCAAUUAUCGUGCAAGUCGAAAUUUUUCACUUUUAUGUUACGGCUAGCAGGGCAUUUGUUAGUUUUGGUAGUGGUCGGCGCGAGCGGUUACGGUAUCUGGCUCUGCUCGAGCUGCACUGGGUGGCAGAUAACAGCGACUGGGGCGGUUUAUUUACGGCGAUCUCCGGUUCGCUCGUUCAAAAUGGAAAGGCCUGAGUUUGAAAUUGCCAAACACACAGUUCACCUUAUCUAUAAUCAGGCUUUAUUUUGGUUGGGUUUGUUGUUUACGCCAGUAUUAGGCGCGAUGAUAGUCAUCAAGUUCUUGAUCAUGUGGUACUUUACAACCGUUGUGGAAAUCAAGUUCUCGAAACCAUCGACAAAGUUUUGGCGCGCGACCAACACACAUACAUGGUUUCUGGUCAUCACUUUUGUGACAGCAUUGUUAAUCAUGGCUGUUUUGGGGUGCAUCAUGGCAUUGUACGGUAUAUGCGUCGAAUUGUGGGCCGUUUGGAAGUUCGUUGGAAGAAAGGAAGUAUAUUUACGAUUUUUGAAGGACGAAAUCUUGAAGAUGGAGCAGGGAGUUAUGGUGUUGCAAAUUCUAGCUUACUUGCUAAAACCUGGCGUGGUUGCCGUGGUGAUUACCGUCAUGAUGGGUUUUAUUUACUAUCUGAGGGCUAGAGCACUCGCACAGCAGAAAAUGGUGAGCGUCCUGCGUGAGAUGAUCGUCAUUGAGUCAAAGGACAAAGAUUUUCUUCUGCAACGCAUCCGCAUGCUUGCAAAGGAGUGGAAAUUCACAUCAUGCGCUACAACAGAUCCAAUGAUGACUCCAACCGAAAAGUUGUACAAGCAACAAGAGAACCAGACCGAAUUCCAUCGAAAUCAGGAAACGGUCGUACCGCAACGGGCGGACGAUUGGACAUCUAUGAGCUCCGGACAAAUACCGUCAGUCAGCUAUCGAAACAAAUCGAAAAGGCAUUAAUUGAGGGUUACCACAUGGUAUUUACUAUAAUGUAUUAAAAAUCGGGUAUUAUUUUAUUGUAUUUAUAUUAUAAUUGUCAUUCUAUUUAUAUUAUUAUAAGGGCGCUUUUGGAGUACGCAUGCUAAUAAAUAGCAAUACUUUAAAA